UCCAAUCAGAGCUCUCCGGGAAAGGUCGCGUCCUUGGUUGCCGGGGUCACAAGAUGGCGGGGCGCAGGAUCUUCGGCAGGCUGCAGCACAAUGUCGAUUUACCGGCCGCCCUGCGCCUCCCCCCGGAGCCCGUUGCCCCCCGCACCUCCCUCUACCCGCCGGUGGUGGCCUCUAUGACCGCCAAGAGUAAGGCGUCCCGGCGGCGACGGAUAGAAGGACACUACAGCCGGGUACACGCUCAGACCGACAUCGGCAGUAAGCUGCAGCUGAUCACCGGACACCAGCGGCUGAAGUACGUGGUGUACCCGCAGAGCUUCGCCCUCAACUCUGACCGCUGGUACCAGCACUUCACCAAGACCGCCUACAGACCGGGGCUACCGGCGACCGGGAGAGGACCGGAGGAGGGGGAGGAGCUAGACCGGAUCCGGUCUCUGCUCUGUGAUCUCCUACUACAUCAUUAUUAUUACACCCGGAGAGGGCGGAGUAUCCUGUACAAGGAACACCUCACUUCCUCCGCCCCCUUCAUCACCGACCUCACCUCCCUCCUCACCGCCCACUGCAACCACCCGACACCCGGGGAGCUGGAUGUGAAUCCUCAGGUCAAUUUCUAUUGGUUGCGUGGAGAGACCAGGGUUAUUCAGGGCCGAAGGAAGGGAUGUAUUGAUCCUGUCCGCUUUCAGAUUGAUGAUAGUCCCCUAGUCCAGCUCAGGGUGGCCAAACCACUUCCAGAGCUUGUUCCUCUGGAUCAUGUUGUACCUGAAGAGGUUCCGUUCAUCCCGUAUGAGCCAAGCAAAUUACCUCUCUUUACAAGACAAUAUGAGAACAACAUAUUCAUUGGUGCCAAAGUAAACAGUCCCUGUAGCUUUGGCCAUACACAGUUUCAUCUGGUGCCCGAGCGUUUCCAGAGGAAUCGGAUGCAGAGGUUGAAACUUGCAGACCAGAUUGAAGCGUUUCUACGUGCCAAUGCUAUCGCAAGUCUUUUUGCUUGGACUGGAGCACAAGCUAUGUAUCAAGGUUUCUGGAGUCAGGCAGAUGUGACGCGGGCAUUCGUCUCGCAAGCAGUUAUUUCCGAUGGGAAGUAUUUUUCAUUUUUUUGCUACCAGCUCAAUACAAUCGCUCUGGCAGUGGACUCUGAUAAGGAUCCCAACCGCAAGAACAUUUGUUGGGGAACAGAGAGCGCUCCUCUCUAUGAGGCUGUGGAAGAAGGGGACAUUAAAGGGUUUAACGAGGACGUUUUUAGGCAGCUUGUUGCCUUCUUUCAGAACCGUCCAGAAUAGCCGUUAUAUAUUAUGUAUAUAUUUACAGAUCUCGGAAUGCACUUGGCAAUUAUUGUUCAAAUAAAGUGUCAGCGGCUUUGUUUCUAAAAGCAAUGUC